AUGUUUAAAGAAGUAAAAGAUCCAAACUCUACAGUCGACGUUGUCACCGAACAAUCCGACGUUGAGUCGUUAAACUUUUCCCAGUUCUCAAAGGAAGAUAUCGAGGAUGCUAACCACAUCUUUCACCACGAAAACAGAUUGAGCUCGAAGUUGAAUGCUCGAUUGAUCUCCAUGAUCGCUUUGGUUGCCGUCAUUGGAACAGGGUUGUUCCUUUCGAGUGGAGGUACACUUCACACUACUGGUCCGGUGGGUAUGCUUAUCUCCUACGUCUUUGUGGGAACGGUUGUUGCAGCCUCGCAAAUUUGCAUAGCCGAGGUGUCUUGUUUGUACCCGGCUACAUCCUCCUUUGUUGCCCACGCCGAGCAUUUCGUCGACAAGUCGUUAGGUUUCUCCAUGGGUGUGAUUGACAUUUACUCGGCUGUGAUUCCGAGCGAGUUGGCUGCUGUCGCUGUCAUCAUGACGUACUGGUCAGAUAUCAAUCCGGCGCUUUGGAUAUCAAUUUUUGGGCUAGUGAUUGUUUCUGUCAACUGUUACAACGUCAAGUGGUAUGGGGAGGUUGAGUUCUUCUUUGGGUUGUUGAAGAUCUUAUUGUGUGCUGGUUUGAUUUUGACGGGGUUGAUUAUUGACUUGGGUGGAGUGUCAGGACAACAACGACUUGGAUUUCACUACUGGAAACACCCCGGUCCGUUUGCAGCUAAAUAUGCUACUGGUUCGUUGGGCAAGUUCUUGGGCUUUUGGAAGUCAGUCAACUCAGUUGUGUAUGCUUUUGGCAGCAUCCAGUCCAUCUCGAUGUUGGCGGGCGAGACGGAGCACCCCAGAAGAGCUAUAUACCGCGCUGCCAAGAGGGUAUUCUACAGAGUGUUUUCAUUGUACAUCAUGAUGGUGUUUAUCUUGACCAUGAUUGUUCCAUAUGACGAUCCAGUAAUUGCUAAACCUAGUGGUACCGCUUCGGCUUCGCCCUUUGUGAGGGCAAUCUCAUUGGCCGGUAUCAAGGUGUUGCCCCAUAUUAUCAACGCUGUUGUUUUGACGUCUGCUUUGUCUGCUGCUAACUUGGGGAUAAUCAAAGCCAGUCGGACGUUGUAUGCUUUGGCAGGAAAGAGGCAAUUACCGAAGGUCUUCUUGAAGGUGAACCGUCAUGGUUUGCCUUAUGUAGGAGUCACCUUCGCAUCUUGUUUCUUACCCUUGGCUUACCUAAGUGUAAGCAACACCUCUGCCAAUGUGUUCAGUUGGUUUCAAAAUAUUUCUAGUUCAGCGAUAUUAUACAACUGGAUCGUCAUAGCUGCUAACCACAUCGCACUCCACAGAGCUUUAGACGCACAAGGCUUUUCAAGAAAAAACCUCCCCUAUACAUUCAUUGGAGGCAGAUACGCUGGUUUCUACUCGUUGUUUUUCUCCAUCAUUUUCUUAUUAACAGGCGGUUUCCCGGUGUUUAUUCACGGGUACUGGGACUUUGCCACAUUUUUUAGCUCCUACUUUGUCAUUCCGUUGGGAUUGGUGUUGCUUGUGUUUGCAAAGAUAUUCUUCAAAACGCACUACAUCAGACCAAGCGAAGUCAAGUUGAAGCCGUUGUUGUAUGAUGUACAGAACAAACCGGAGCCAGACUUCCCAAAGUUGAGAGGUUGGCGGUUGUUUACGUUGUUGUGGGGUUAG